GCUCGUUUGGCUUUCUGUUCUUAAACGGUUUAACCCUCUCGUUUGAUUUGAUUAGGGGUUUUGCAAAAGCUUCGAUCGAACAAAGAAGCAGCAAUGAUUCACAGGGCACUUAAACUGUCAAGACUAGCAAACACUAUCGCCAUCCCGACCCGUUUGGGGCUAAUUUCUGUCCAUUCACGAUCACCGUCGCCGUCGCCUGCGGUGAGAUUACUCCAUGAUGGAACCGACGUCUUGGCCGUGAAACCAGUUGCCCUUCAGAUGACCGACUACGCUUUCUCUCACGCGAGGUCUCAAAAAUCAGAUGAAUCCUAUGCUCAAGGGCUGCUGAUAUUGGAGCAGUGUCUCUCCACUCAGUCCGGUGACAGUCAUGACACUGACAGCCAAAACUCAAAGGGAAUGGUCCUGCUUGCUAUGGCUACCUUGUUAGCUGACAGGGGAAAUUUUAAUGAAGCAAUGGAGAAAUUGCAGAUGGUUCAAGGUUUAACACAGUCUUCUUUGGCGGUUAGAGUUGCAGCAACAGAAGCUCUUGUGGGACUUAAUUUAGAGUUGGGGCAUGAUGAUACUUCAUCAGUGCUGGCAGAUAAAUGCUUAGAACUAUUUGAUAAAGAUGAACCAAGGGGUAGUGCUGGCGGCUAUUUGGCUGUAGAGGCUCGUGCCAAGGCAGUAAAAGGACUGGUUGAACAUGUACGUGGUAAUCUUGAACCAGUGAAAUCAUGCUUUCAGGCAUUUCUUGUCGUUGAGGAUUCAGCUGGCAGUAGUGCCGCUUUAUCGUAUGGGGAGUUUUUGCAUGGCACAAGGAACUUUUCACUGGCAAAAGAGUUAUACCAAAAUGUUAUUCAAAGUGUGGGUGGGAACAAAGGUUUUGGCAACAUAUGUACCUUAGCAGCUUGUAAUAUGGCUCCAGAUGAAGUUCUGUUGGCAGCCACCUGUGCUUUGGGGCAGCUUGAGGCACACACAGGGAACUUCGAUGAUGCAGAGGAGAUAUUGACGAGGGCGUUGACAAAAACAGAGGAACAAUAUGGAACUUGUCAUCCCAAGGUCGGUGUUGUCUUGACAUGCUUGGCUCUCAUGUUUCGAAGUAAAGCAAAGCAAGAGCACUCAAGUGCCCUUUUGAUACAAGAGGGCCUUUACAGAAGGGCAAUAGAGUUGCUGAAGGCAUUACCUUUGGAGUCGGAAGAAACUAUGGGAAGUAGAAGGGAUAUAGUCGCCCUUGCAAGAGGUGGGUAUGCGCAAGCACUCUCGGUUCAGCAGAACAGAAAGAAUGAAGGAGGGAAAAUGAAAAGGUGGGCGGAGUCCGCAUGGGGAAGCCACCGCAUGUCACUGGCAGAGGCCCUGGAUUUAUCUGAAUCUUCCGGCAAAGUACCAAUUAUAGAUGUUCGAAUCAGCCGAGUUCUGUAGAGGUCCGCGUAAUGUACUUUUAACUCCAGACGUUUACGAAGCCAAAUAUAGCAAAAAAAUUUUAUGCUUGUUUAUGAUGUUCGCAAAUAACAUGAUAUGUACUGAGAGUUGUAGAUUGCGCAAAAUGCACUGUGUUCAUACUUCAUACAAUAACAGGAAUUGAGUGUUUUUGGUA